UCUCAUCUUAUAAGACAUAUAAGAAUUCACACAGGAGAGAAGCCUUAUGAAUGUAAAGAGUGUGGGAAGGCCUUCAGUGAAUCCUCAAAUCUUAAUGUACAUGUGAGGAAACACACCAGAGAGGAACCCUAUAAAUGUAAGGAAUGUGGGAAGGCCUUCAGUUGUCCCUCAUCCUUGAAAGCACAUGUGAGAGAUCACAAUGGUAAGGUGCAAUAUGAAUGUAAGGAGUGUGGGAAGGCCUUUAGUCGUUCCUCAUCCCUCACUGAACACCUAAGAACUCACAGUGGAGAAAAGCCUUAUAUGUGUGAGGAAUGUGGGAAAGCCUUCAUUAGUUCUUCCUAUCUUACAGUACAUAGAAGAACUCACACUGGAGAGAAACCUUAUGAAUGUAAGGAAUGUGGGAAAGCCUUCAUAAGUUCUUCAUAUCUUACAGUACAUACAAGAACUCACACUGGAGAGAAACCUUAUAAAUGUAAAAAAUGUGGGAAAGCCUUUAUUUGUUUCUCAGCUCUUAGUCUUCACAUGAGAACCCACACUGAGAGAAAACCCUAUGAAUGUAAGGAAUGUGGGAAGGCAUUUCGACAAUCUUCAUACCUUACUAUACAUGCAAGAAUGCACACUGGAGAAAAACCCUUUGAAUGUCUGCAGUGUGGAAGAGCUUUCAGUUCUCCCUCAUCCUUUGGGAGACAUGUGAGAAGCCAUACUGGAGAGACAUAUGAAUGUAAGGAAUGUGGGAAAGCCUUUAUUUGUCCAUCCUACUUUCAAAGCCAUGUGAAAAUUCACACAAGGGACAAUAUAUAAAUGUAAGGAGUAAGGGAAUCUCUGAAGACUUUUUCUGAACUAAUGCAAUAUGUGAAGUCUCAUUUUGUGAAGUUUCAUACUGUAGAGACACUAUAAAUGUGAGAAAGUAG